AUGGGCAUAUUCAAGAAUAGUCGUGUGUACGUGCUCGCCACGGUGGCGUAUACGGGUUCAUUCCUAUUCGGAUAUGACACCGGUGUGAUGGGAAGUGUACUGGAACUUCCAAGUUUCAAGGCCGAUUUUGGACUUACGGGUGAAAGUUCGGGUUUCUCAGAUGCCAAAAAAUCCCAAGUCUCAUCAAAUGUCGUUUCACUUCUCACGGCCGGAUGUUUCUUCGGCGCUAUUCUUGCCUCCUUCGUUAACGAGAAGUUCGGCCGUCGUUAUUCCAUCAUGGGCUUCCUCAUGUUCUUCCUUAUCGGCUCUGCCGUUCAAACCGCCGCUCACGGCGCGCUCUCUUAUAUGUACGGUGGACGAGUGAUUGCCGGUUUCGGAGUUGGAGGCAUGUCAGCCAUCACACCAGUCUUCGUGUCCGAGAACUGCCCACCGGCGAUCCGUGGUCGUAUCGCUGGUCUCUUCCAGGAGUUCCUCGUCAUUGGUGUCACCGUUGCAUACUGGCUUUGCUAUGGUGUCUCAGAAACCAUCGCCCCUACAACCAAACAGUGGCGCAUCCCCGUUGGAUUCCAGCUUGUGCCGGGUGGUCUGAUGAUGAUAGGCCUGUUCUUUUUGACCGAGUCUCCUCGUUGGUUAGCGAAGGAGAAUCGCUUCGAGGAAGCCCUCGAAGCCCUUGCAUAUAUGCGCAACGAGUCAACUACCAGCCCUGCCGUCCAGACUGAGAUGGCGGAAAUUAAAGCGGCCGUUGAACACGAGGUCGAAUCAACUCAGGGUCUUACUUGGCGGGAACCAUUCCUACCUGGAAAUCGCAUCCGCUUCAUCAACUGUUUCUUGAUUAUGUUCUGGCAGCAGUGGACCGGCACCAACAGUAUCGGAUACUAUGCUCCCCAGCUCUUCCAGACCGUUGGAGUGGCCGGAGGCAGCACGAGCUUGUUCACAACGGGCAUCUAUGGUAUCGUCAAGGUAGUUACCACCGGAAUCUUCCUCGUGAUUGGUAUCGACAAAAUUGGUCGACGAUGGUCUCUUAUUGGUGGCGCUCUUUGGAUGUGCACGAUGAUGUUCAUCCUGGGUGGUGUUCUGGUGUCCUAUCCUCCGGACCCGGAUGGUAACAGUGGGAUUUCGUCUGCAUCCCUCGCUAUGAUUGUCAUGAUUUAUUUCUACGUCAUUGGCUACUCCGCGUCGUGGGGACCGAUUCCAUGGGUUUACAUUUCUGAGAUUUUCCCAACUCGUCUUCGCUCGUACGGUGUUGCUACCGGAUCGGCAACUCAAUGGCUCUUCAACUUUGUGGUCACUUAUGUGACUCCUGCUGCCAUCAAUAACCUUGGCUGGCGAACCUUUAUCAUGUUUGGUUGCUUCUGCUUUGUUAUGGCUAUCUGGGUUUUCCUUGUCGUCAGGGAAACAAAGGGUCGCUCCCUCGAGGAGAUGGAUGUCCUCUUCGAGAAGUUCCAUGCCUUUGGCAAAGUACGUGAUAUUGAAACUUCGGCCCUUGAAAGGAAGCUUUCAUUCGAUGACGCUGCUACUUCGACUCAUAAUGAGGUACAGGGUAUUGAAACUGAGGAUCGUGUGAAGAGAUAA